GCGAAUAAGAAAUUGACAGACAAAGCUGUGCAAAACAGCGGCGCUAGCAAAGAAGGCUAGAUAGCUAACUCAUCAAAUACAUGUCUCACUCGUCCAGAAUAGCUUGUCUAAUAUUUAUUCAGAUCCAUAACGAUGCGCGGCUAUACAAUUGUUAACGAGGUUGUUUAAGAUUGAGUAAAUGUCUGCUAGGCAGUUAAAGCGGGGCGUACUGUACAAAUCUAACUUUAGUGGAAUUCCAGCUUCACAGCCAUCAUCGACGACGUAAAUAACAAACAAACAACAAUAUUUAACAUAGCUAAAUUUCAGCAGCAUGGACACGAAUGUGCAGAAGAGACGUGAGAACAAGAAAUCACUGCGUGUAAAAGUGAUCAGCCUUGGCAAUGCCGAGGUGGGCAAGAGCUGCAUCAUCAAGCGAUACUGUGAGAAGAGGUUUGUGCCCAAGUAUCUGGCCACCAUAGGGAUUGACUAUGGGGUCACCAAAGUCCAGGUGCGUGACAGGGAGAUCAAAGUGAACAUCUUUGACAUGGCAGGACACCCAUUCUUCUACGAGGUCAGUACCUUACUACUUCGGUCAUGUUGGAUCUACGUCCUAACAUACUGGAACAUCGUGUUAUACAUGUCAGACCAGAUAAACGUCUGCACCCUCAUGUCCAGACAUGCAUCCUGCCACCAACAGGCCAAACGGCGGGAAGCGCCCGGUGGCAGAGGUCAGUGUCGGCUCACCAAGGAGCAGGCCGACACCAUACGACGCAUACGCAACAGCAAGGACUCCUGGGAUAUGCUGGGGUCAAACCUGGACCACACGCAAGAGGAAGAGGUUAACAAGGCUUACAGGAAGCUGGCAGUGCUGCUCCAUCCGGAUAAGUGCGUUGCCCCGGGCAGCGAGGAUGCUUUCAAGGCCGUGGUGAACGCUCGCACCUCCCUGCUCAAGAACAUCAAGUAG